UGAAGGUGUUAAACUGGCACGUCUCUACCAACAGGGGAGUGAUCCUUUUAAGUCCUUUGCUUCGUCCCCACUUGUGAAAUUUGUUGUGCCAGUGGGACGAGGCUGGCUAUAAAACCCCAGCACCGGGGACCUCCAUCCAGCUCGGGCAGCCUGCCAGCACAUCUCUGCCGAGAGCAGCCCCAGGGAGAUCCCCCCUUCAUCUCUGCCGGGCAGGAUGGACCUGAGGUGUGCCCGGAUGCUCUGCGUGCUCUGCUUCAUCCUCACGGUCCAAGCCUUUACCCAGGAACGGUUCAAGGAAGUGGUGCUGAAGCAGCUGGGGCUGUCCGAGGUCCCUAAACUUCAUACGAGAGACUUGGUGGACCUGGUUAUCCCAGAGCACGUCAAGAACAAGUACAUGUCCAUGCUGAAGCGCCAGAGGGUGAAGCGCCGAGCUCUGCCGAGCCUGGCUGGCAUCCUCAGGGGGAUCCCGGGACACACAGGGGAAGUCCUCUACUCUGACACAACCACACGCCAGAAGCUGAUGUUUGACAUGGAGGGCAGAAUACCUAAAAAUAGCGAAGUCACAAUGGCUGAACUGAAACUCUUCAAAAAGCCUCUGGACAGAACAAACCUGCCUGCCAAGCAGUCUCACAGGCCUGUCUCCAAUGCCAGAGUCAGUGUGUACUGGGUGCAGCAGCAACACGAUGGUACCAACAGGACCUCCCUGAUAGAUUCCAGGCUGGUUCCUAUUCGUGAGUCGGGCUGGAAGAGCUUUGAUGUGACCCAGGCCGUGCAUUACUGGCUGAGAAACAAGAGGCGGCCGGAGCCAAUGUUCCUGGAGGUGUGGAUCGAAGGGGAAAGGCUGGGCAGCUAUGCCUCGGAAAUGGCCAAAGCCGUGCGCUUCACCUCGCAGGACCCCAAGGAUAAAGCCCUAGGCAAGCCUGAGCUGGUGCUUUGCACCCUCAACUUGGAUGACUAUGGGAGUCCUGGGGACUGCAGGGAGGAGGCGGUGAUGGGGAAAUCCACCUGCUGCCGGCAGAAGCACUACAUCAGCUUCCGCGAGCUGCCGUGGGCGCAGCACUGGAUCCUGGAGCCGGCGGGGUUCCAGGCCUACCGCUGCUCCGGGGGCUGCCCGCAGCCGCCCCGCGCCCUGCGCCGCCUCGGCUCCGGGCAGCGCUCCUGCGCCGUGGCGGACAGCUCCGCGCUGCCCAUCAUCUACCUCGUCAAGAGGGGCAACCACACCGAGAUUGAGGCGGCCGAGUUCCCCAACAUGAUCGUGGAGAGGUGCAGCUGCGUCACGGACGGCGAGGCGCUGGCAUGAUGAGUGGGUGGCCUGGGGUGUCAUCCAUUCCCUGCAGCCUGCCAAGAGCCACCCCGGCCCCCAGCCCCGGGGUCAGGGAUGAAGGUCUUGGGGGGUUCCUGCCUGCAAGGGCCAGCAGCACUGGGGCCCUGCUGCCCUGCAGAGAGAGCGCACUUGGGGGCACUGUCCGUGUAGAUGGGCUCAGAGAAGCGUGCUUUUCACAUAAGUGAGGGGUACCUUAGGAGCCUACUGCUUCUUGGGACCUCCUUGAUGCCAGCUGAAUUUCACUGAAUUUAUUUCAUCCCCCAGCCUGGAGUACUGCAAACAGCUCCAGGCAAAAGAAGAUUGCCCAUCACCAGGUGAAGAACAAAUUCGUGGGCUCAGCUUUUCAUUCUUUGGCUGCUGGGUUUGGUCCUUGUCUGCCCAAGCCGUGUUUAUGGUGAGCUGGAGAGCAGAAGCACUUACAUGAUAUAAACUGUUAAUAUAUAAACUGUACACACGCACAUGCACACAUGUACAGAGUGUAUGAAUAAAUGUGUGUACUGUCUACAUACUGGAUAGCUACAUAUUGAUUACUUACAUAUAUGUACGUACAUAAAAUAUUUCCUAGAGCUCAAUGGAGCAUAUUUAUGUGCAUAUGUAUUGCAUGUACAUAUACAUAUCUACACGUACAUAAAUUAUUAUCUGAAACACAAUGGCUUAUAUUUUUGACCCCUAAGCCACGGGCUUAACACAGUUUUAGGUGGAAUUUAGAGUCCUGGAAUCAACAGGACUUAGGUUUCCUUGUGUGAGUAACAGUUUGUUUUUCUGAUUCUGUAUUACAGUUAUGUCAAUUUAGGGAUAUUUUUCAAGUCGUGUGUGCUUUCAGAAUCAAGGAAAAAAUAAAAGUAUUGAAGUA